CAAGCUGGCGUGACUUGACGCUUCGUGUGUGUUGGUGACGGUGGCACUGGCAGCGCACGCGUUGUUGGUCAGUAUGAAAUGCUGGGAGUGCCUCACAAGAGAACAAAUAUUCGCGAAUACAUCUGUUGCUUUAUAUCGGAAUAACGUUUAAGUAACCCAAGAGACUUUCUUACAUUUCUGAAACCGUGAAGACUUAAUUAAUUAAGCGUGAAUCUCCAAUUGUUGUUUGCCUCGACAACAUUGUUUUGACGGCCUGUUGCUAGCUAACGCAGGAAAUCCUCUAACGUUAGCUAGCUGGUGGACUAAUUUAGUCUGUGUGCCGAGGCGAGAAAAAAAGAGGCGCUGGUACUGAUUUUUUUUAUAGUUUCUCUAGUUAUACAACUCAAACCCAUUCAUCAAAUGGAGACUGAUCAUCUCAUGAAUUCCAAUGGUGGAUUUAAAACGUCGUAACAAUCGGACUUCUUCCCUAACUAGUUAGCAUUAACUAGCUAGCUAGGCUAACUACUUACUCCACAGUGCUUUCUAGCCAGCAAGCUGAUGACGUUUAUUAGCUAGCUAGCGUUAGCUGGUUGACGUUCUGGGUAUUUUUGGUAUGAUUUCGAAAGACAAGUAGCUAUUUAAUAUUUGGGAAGUUAAAUUGUAUGUAAACUUCGAGUAUGACACCGUUCAUUGUCAAUUGAGAGUAAUUGGCAUGUUGCUAAAUGUGUCAGCUAGCAACUUAUCUAACGUUCGUUAGGUACGUUAACCCAACUACUCUUAUCUAAUCACUAACAAGAUAACUUCAGCAAAGGUCAUAGGAAAGUUGCUCCAGCAAGUGUUUUGAACAGUGAGACCAUAAAAGGUUAAUUCAAACCAUUAAUUAGCAUUGAUUAAUCAGAUUAUUUCCCGGAUGAAUCCUCACUGUAGAGCGUGGAUGUUGUCUGGAUCUGCUGAUUUCGUGUGUUCUUCUUGGCACUGCUGAUUUAAAAAAAAAAAAAGGCCAGCACGUGAGCAGCUGCAGGUCAUACAAAUUUACUCAUCGGCUCUUGCGGAAGACUGACAAACGGCACAAUGAAUCGCUAUCUGCCAGUUGCACGACAGCACUUCUUGGGCGCAUUAGCCAAUACGAGCGUUGUGGUGAAGUCCAUAAGUGCCAUAGUGCUCCUUCUGUACCUGCUCUCAUGGGCAGUUGACACUCCAUAUGCCCUGGGCGUGACGCCUGGCUACCUCUUCCCCCCUAACUUCUGGAUCUGGACCCUGGUGACCCAUGCCGUGGUGGAGCAGCAUGUGUGGGGAGUGGCAGCCAACGUAGGGACUGUUAUGGCCUGUGGCCGGCUGUUGGAGCCUCUAUGGGGCGCCUUGGAGCUGCUCAUCUUUUUUACUGUGGUCAACAUCUCUGCAGGCCUCCUGGCUGGCCUCUCCUACUUGCUCACGUAUGUCGUCACCUUCGACCUGGACUACCUAUUUGCGGUGCGUGUCCAUGGGGCACCAGCCUUCCUCGGGGGGGUGUUGGUGGCCCUUAAGCAGACCAUGGGGGAUACGACGGUGCUGCGGGUUCCGCAGGUGAGGCUCAAAGCUGCCCCGGCACUGGUCCUCCUCUGCCUGUCCCUACUCCGCCUCUCAGGGCUGCUGGAGAGUGCCGCCUCACUGGCGGCCUACAGCUUUGGUGCCCUGGCAGGCUGGGUCUACCUGCGCUUCUACCAGAGGCACAGCCGGGGCCGCGGGGACAUGUCAGACCACUUUGCCUUUGCCUCCUUCUUCCCUGAAGUGGUACAGCCGGUGGUGGGGCUGCUGGCUGGCCUGGUGCACGCAGCCCUGGUGAAGAUCAAGGUGUGCAGGAAAAUGGUGAAGCGCUACGACGUAGGUGCACCUUCUUCCAUCACCAUCAGUCUGCCAGGGACGGACCCCCAGGACGCAGAGAGGAGGAGGCAGUUGGCGCUGAAGGCCCUAAACGAGCGACUGAAGAAGGUGGAGGACCAGUCGACCUGGCCAAGCAUGGACGACGAAGAGGAAGACAAUGAGGAUGAAGUUCGGACCGACACCCCGCUGCUCUCGGGACAGGAGAGAACGUCGCCAGCAGGGGGGUCUAGCGGCUCCCAGAACACCACAGGACAGGAGUCCAGCAUCAUCAGCUUUGAAGACGCCCCCUCCCGCUCAUAACAGAUACACUGAUAUACACUCAGUCAUACUUAGUUUUGACUAGCAUACACUACAGUGACUACACACAUACAUUAGCAGUAGCAGUUUGACACUAUCAACAUUGUCAUGCCUAUCAGUUUUACGGUCUCGGACUCCCCGAAGUUGUACACAGAUACCAUCACGGACCCAUCGCUCCCCCGGCCCCGCCCGCAUAUGUCCAUUGAAACGUUAAUGCAAUGUACAAACACAUUGGACUCUCCCUACCACUUCGCGUCUCUCCUGAAUAAAGUAUUGAAUGGGUGUACACAGUGUUUCGUAAAGCUCUUUUGCCCCUAAAGACAUCUACUCCACACCUGCUGCUCAUCUGGCUCCCAUAUUUUGUGACUGAGACACUUAGACUGGAGCAGAGACUCUUGGCAAACUCCCCAUCUGUUGCUGUGUGUUACUAUUGUCCCAGAGUAAGCUUUCAGCAGACAGACUCAGAUUCUCAGUGGUUUUCUAGGUCAUCCUUUUGUCCUGAUGGGUGUUUAAUUUUCAAGGUCCUCUACAUCUUUCUCUUCAUCACUGAAAAACUGAAAUGGGUCUAGGUUUACCCCAUAGCUGUUUUACCACUGUUAGAUCUGUUUUCAAAUGUUUCCUACAUUUGUGGGAAACCUGAUAAUUUGACAAGUUGCUCUGUGGAUGAUGAUGCGUUUCCUGUACCUGUUUUGAGGGGUUUACUUUUGCUCUGAAUUCUUGAGGUGAUUUUCAGAUAAUCUCAACUACUCUGAGUCAGAGUUGGAUUACUAGAGGGGAACCAUAGCCAUAAUAGAAUAAAGGUGAUGUGGGUGUGUCUUCCUCUUUGUUCAUUCUGUUAAUUUGAGUUCUGUCAGAAUAUUGUUUUUCUGGCCAGCAAGUUUUAUUGUGUGUGUUAGGAUUUAGGUGAAUGAGUGUGUAACAGGGAGAGGGAGAGCACUAGAUGGUUUACACUGUGGUUUCCUGUCAUUUCUCACUGGUUUGGCCUGAAAAUUCAGGAGCUUUUGACAAUGACAGCAAUACAGUCUUGACAGGCUCUCUUCUCCCCAAGGAACAUUUUGUCAAUCUCUUCUUUGUUUCUUUGGCUAUGUUCCCACAGGCAGCCCAAUUCAGAUAUUUUUUCCCACUAAUUGGUCUUUUAACCAAUCACAUCAGAUAUUUUUCAGAUCUGAUUGGUCAAAACGCAGCCUUAGACAGGCAUCCCAAUUCUAAACUUUUUUUCACUAAUUGGUCUUUCGACCAAUCAGAUCAGCUCUGAAAAAGCGCUGAUGUGAUUGGUCAAAAGACCAAUUAGUGGAAAAAAGAUCAGAAUUGGGAUGCCUGUCUAAAUGCUUGUUUUUCCCCUAUUAAUCUGUCGUGUUGGUUAAGAUAAUGUUGGUUAAGAUAAGAACUGCACUCUUAAUCUAAUGCAUGUACUGUAUUUAUGAGGUUUGUUAACGCUUGUGGACAGUACCUGUUUGUGUGGAUCGACCGGAAAUGUUUAGGUGUGGUGAAUGAUGCCAAUACUGAUGCAGUUCUGUUUAAUUUGUUGGUGGUGACUCAAGGCUUGGUUCUCACAGAUUGUCCGUACACAGGACAGUUUCCCCGGAUUUCCACUAAUGGUGUUUCUCUUUCUACUGUGGCCAUUGCAGUUUCCUCUUUAGUUGCAGAUAUAUUUGUUUAUCUCUAUAUUAAAUAAAAAACGAUUAUAUGAAAUGUAACAAUAAAUUGUCUUUUUGCAACACUGGGUAGUACUAGUAGAGUACAUUUCAGCUGAUAUUUAUUUAGGGUGCUGCUUGCUUGCCCCUCAAGUGUGCCGCUAGAUGGAGCAGUUAGCACAGUCUGUGAUAAUCUACUGCUGUUUCAUUGUAUGGCAUGAAGGGCUUUGAACUGACAAACUUUUCCCAGGGGUACUCCACAUUGCCUUAUUUAGGUAACUGUGACUAAUGCCUAUUAGAAAUAUUAAUUAUUGAUCUAGCUUGACUUCUGAUAUUUGUGAUAAGGCUAGUUCAAAUUGGUUGUUCUAGGAUUUUUUUUUUUUAUCAGCCUACUUAACUGUUACCUGACUGUUUCUUUUUUUAACAAAUCAACAUGACAGGGUACUGUAUUUUUAUAUAUUUUACAUUUUAAAAAAUGCUUAUGCAGCCUUUUUUAAACUGGUGUUACCUAUAUUUUAGAUGACAAUUCAGGCUUUCUGGAAUGUAAUUUGACUUUAAUUUGCAUAUAUAAUGAAAGACAAAGGUUAAUUAUAAUAUAUUUUUUUAGUGAUUAGUAAUUUACUUUAAACAGGUAUGUGUAAAGUUAUAUUGUGUAACGCCAGUGACCUGUAACACUAUUAAAACUCUUCUAACACCAGCAGGAACAGUAACACCAGUGACAUCUGCAGAUGGCAUAGCUAAAAUGGGGGCCAC